CACACGCCCGAAGACAGAGACGCCCAGACGUCCUGGAGACACACACACGGGGAAGGAGAUCCAUCGAUACCUGGUGACACAUACCCAAACACCCAGGGAGAGGGACACAUCCACACCAACCCCCGGGGAGACACCCAGGGUCACACGGAGAAACCCACCCAGGCACGCCAACCCAGCGCACUCCCGCGUGACUCAUGGAGAGAAAGCAGAGGCGCGCACGAUUUGAUAUUGGCGACCUCUGACCGGCUUCCCAGCCACUUCUUCCAUCUAGACUGUGGUACCCUGGAGGCCUGCACAUAAGUUCCUUUGGUUCUAGAGAUGAACUCUUAGCCUACCCUCAUUUCUUACCAUUUCUUGGGCCGCCACUCCAGCACUGGGUGUUCUGUGCAUGUAAAUCCUAAACUCCCUGCACUCCUAUAACGAGCCUGGCACAGUGGUGAACCGCUUUCCCUGUUGUCCGUGUCCAAGUGGAUCUUCCCGACAGCCCUAGAGAUGAUGAUGUUUGAACUGAACAAUUAAGGGUUCCAAAAUCAGAGAUCUUGAGAUUAAAAAUGGCAGGAAAAUCAUCGCUUUUUAAAGUAAUUCUCCUUGGAGAUGGUGGAGUUGGGAAGAGUUCUCUAAUGAACAGAUAUGUGACUAAUAAGUUUGAUGCCCAGCUCUUCCAUACAAUAGGUGUGGAAUUUUUAAAUAAAGAUUUGGAGGUGGAUGGACAUUUUGUUACCAUGCAGAUUUGGGACACGGCCGGUCAAGAGCGGUUCAGAAGCCUGAGGACGCCAUUUUACAGAGGUUCUGACUGUUGCCUGCUUACUUUUAGCGUCGAUGAUUCUCAAAGCUUCCAGAAUUUGAGUAACUGGAAGAAAGAAUUCAUAUAUUAUGCGGAUGUGAAAGAGCCCGAAAGCUUUCCUUUUGUGAUUUUGGGUAACAAGGUUGACAUCAGCGAGCGGCAGGUGUCUGCAGAAGAAGCUCAAGCCUGGUGCAGGGACAACGGCGACUAUCCUUACUUUGAAACAAGUGCAAAAGAUGCCACGAAUGUGGCAGCGGCCUUUGAGGAAGCAGUUCGAAGAGUGCUUGCUACCGAGGAUAGGUCGGAUCACUUGAUUCAGACAGACACAGUCAGUCUGCACCGAAAGCCCAAGCCCAGCUCAUCUUGCUGUUGAAGUUCGAGAGGUUGCCCGUGCGAUCUAACCAGCUCACACACAUGCACAGAUAAGCACAGGGUGGAGACGAGAAUUCGUGUUUGCAGCGAUGGAUCAUGUACUCAUGAAAUUAAACUAGCCAUAUUGCUGCCUUGUUAGUGGGUGGGAGAAGGGGCACAUCCACUCCCAGGAGAAUCUCUUUACUCAGUAAUGGCACCUUACCUUUAUAAGUUGUAACGGUUGUCUAAUAAUGUUUAAUUUAAAUAUGUAUGUCACAGAGCUAAUAAAUGAGAUGACCAAGACUUUAUAAUUAAAACAAAACACUUGAGUAUUCUAGGAGUUACUGUUUUUUCCCCGGGAAAAUGGAGAACUACUUUUUCUAUGUGUAUAUUUUUAUGUAAUUAGCACUCUGUUCCUGGUUCAGGGAAAACAUGUCCUAAAGCAAUAAUGUUAGAUAU